AUGUAUGGAUUUGAAGCUUUCUUCCCAUUCAAUGUCUACCGGCACUCCAAAACCUGGCACUACUGGAGGCUGUUCUUUGUGAUCAAAAUCUUAUUUCCCAUUUACCUUAACUCUUUGUCGGACUGCCCACCCACCUGCACCUGCUCACCCAAUGAGAUCUAUUGCAAGAAAUUGGACAACGGCAGUUUUUUAUCGCCUCCUACGAGCUCUGGAAAUAUUUCUAGGAGCGCCGAUGACCUUUUCCAGAACAUCACUUCAAUACGUAUUGAGAACUGGACUGGCGGCCCAUGGACAUUGACAAAUGCUGAUUUAGAAACCUACACUGGCUUGCAGAGGCUGACCCUGACAAGGAGUAGCCUGCGUACAAUCCAGCCAGGUGUUUUCUCCCAAAAUCCCCAACUAAGCUACAUAAACCUGUCCAAAAACCCAAUGCUGACUACAUUGCCAUGGCAGAUUUUUGAAAAUCUACAGCUCAUGGAACUACAUUUAGAAGAUACUAUCUUUGAUUGUGGGUGUGACAUCCGUUGGCUCCAACUAUGGCAAUCAAGAGGUGAUGUAGGUCUAAGUAGUCAACAAUUAUACUGCUAUAAUGGCUCGGAGAAGAUACUACUGCAAGAAAUGAACAUAAGCAAAUGCGACCUUCCGGGUAUCACUGUAAGCCACAGCAACCUCACAGUUAAAGAAGGUGAAAGUGUAACUACAACAUGUAAUGGCUCUGGAUCGCCAUUACCUGAAGUGACCUGGCGUGUUCCAGAUUUGCACUUAAGUGAUCCAGAAGAGGUCAGAAUCGACGAAAACAACACUGUUCAUUCCAUUACUAUCACUUUGGUAAAUGUCAGCAGAGAUGACAACAACUACCUGCUGACCUGUACAGCCACCAAUGUCGUAGGCAUGACCAACGUUUCCAUCCAGCUCAGUGUUCACUUUCGUCCUUCGAUUGUAAAGCUGAAGGAGCCGGAACGUCGACAUGACACAUGCAUAGAAUUCACAGUUAGAGGUUCACCUCUCCCAAAAUUAAGAUGGUUCCACAACGACAAGGAAAUAUCCCACACUGAUUAUUUGCGUCUUGAUAUGGCUAUUUACCAGGACGACAUUGAGGGAUGCCUUACAUUUAAAAACCCAACACAUUACAACAACGGCAACUACACUCUGGAGGCAAAAAACUACCUGGGGGUGGUCAACAGUACUGUCUACGGGCAUUUCCUAGACAGGCCCCACGAUGUUACAGAAAAUGAUUAUGAUUAUGCAACACCAACGGCAGAAGUUCACAACCCCCACAAAGAUUCUUUUAGGGUUUCUAUAGCAGUUGGACUUGCAGGGUUUGCUUGUGUGAUGCUCCUGAUUAUCUUCUUCUUGAUCAAUAAGUAUGGGGGAAAUUCCAAGUUUGGCAUGAAAGGUCCAGCAGCAGUGAUAAGUGGAGAAGAUGAUUCUACAAGCCCACAUCAUCAUGUGAAUCCAGGGAUUUUCAGACCAUGUACACUGGAUGGUGGGCUAGAUUCUGUUACAAUUGGUCUGAACAAGAUUCCCAUUAUUGAAAAUCCACAGUACUUCAGACACGGACACAACUAUAAGAAACCCAGCACCAAUGUUCAACAUCUAAAACGAAGAGACAUCAUUUUGAAGAGGGAGCUUGGAGAAGGAGCAUUUGGCAAAGUCUUCUUAGCAGAAUGCUACACUCUGUGCCCAAAAAUGGACAAAAUGCUUGUAGCCGUAAAGACCCUGAAGGACCCCACCUUAUCAGCUAGGAAAGACUUUCAACGUGAAGCUGAGCUGCUGACCAAUCUCCAACAUGAGCAUAUUGUGAAGUUUUAUGGAGUGUGUGUUGAUGGAGAUCCACUCAUCAUGGUGUUUGAGUACAUGAAACACGGAGAUUUGAAUAAAUUUCUCAGAGCCCAUGGACCUGAUGCCAUGAUCCUGGUGGAUGGACAGCCACUGCAGACUAAUGGGGAGUUGGGUCUGUCCGAGAUGCUUCACAUAGCCAGUCAGAUUGCAGCAGGAAUGAUUUACCUUGCAUCCCAACACUUUGUCCACCGUGAUUUGGCUACCAGAAACUGUCUGGUAGGGAAUGCCCUCCAGGUUAAAAUUGGAGACUUUGGCAUGUCAAGAGAUAUUUACAGCACUGAUUAUUAUCGGGUGGGAGGUCACACAAUGCUGCCUAUUCGCUGGAUGCCUCCAGAGAGCAUCAUGUACAGGAAGUUUACCACAGAAACGGAUGUGUGGAGCUUUGGAGUUGUUCUAUGGGAAAUCUUCACAAAUGGCAAACAGCCCUGGUUCCAACUGGCCAAUAAUGAGGUGAUUGAGUGCAUAACUCAGGGCAGGGUACUUGAGCGCCCGAGGCUCUGUCCCAAAGAAGUCUAUGAUGUAAUGCUUGGUUGCUGGCAGAGAGAACCACAACAGCGCCUUAACAUGAAGGACAUUCAUAAGACCCUAUUAUCACUGAUGAAAGCCGCACCAGUUUAUUUGGACAUACUUGGUUAA